CCCAUGUUCUGACCAGCUCUGAGAAUAGAACCAAGAGGCUGAAGAAGGAAGCAGAGAAGUGCCAAGAAAUGCAGAGGAGGGAGAUGGGGUGAGCAGCCCCUGGGUGAAGAGAUUUUUCAGUUGCAGCAGGAGAGACACCCAGAGGGACGGGGCCAUGUGGGUGCCAGCAGUUCUGCUGCUCCUCUCUGUCCCAGGCUUCUCAUCUCUGAGUUGUCCCAGCACCGUGACAGGCACUGAGGGAGGAUCCCUGAGCGUCCAGUGCCGGUACGAGGAGAAAUACCAGGCCUUUACCAAAUACUGGUGCCGACAACCAUGCUGGGUACUUUGGAACCAGAUGGUGGAGACCAGAGGGUCAGAAGGAGUGGUGCGGAGUGACCGUGUGUCCAUCGUGGACCAUUCUGCAGACCUCACCUUCACAGUGACCUUGGAGAACCUCACUGCAAAUGAUGCAGGAAAAUACAGAUGUGGGAUCGCAACAAUACUGAGGGAAGAAGGACUCCACGGCUUCCUGCCUGACCUCUUUUUCCAGGUUCAAGUGUUUGUUUCCCCCAGCCUUCAAAAUGGUCUCCAGCAGCAAGAGCUCUAUGACACUGGGACCUCAGCACAGACUCAGCCAACACCAAGGUCCCUGCCUGACCGCGUCCACUUCCUGCUCCUCGUAUUCCUGAAGGCGCCCCUGUUUCUGAUUAUGCUCAGUGCCGUCCUCUGGGUGAACAGGCCCCAGUGGGCAGUUUGUGGGAAACAGCCUGAUGACAAUGGCCUACAGCCCUCCCUGCCCCUCGAUAUCCUGUCCAGAGACACCACCGCUCAGACUAGAGAAGGAGGAACUUCUGGCUCCAAACUUUAUAUCUCUUCUCAGCUUAUUGCCAAAAACUUGUAAAACAAAAAACAAGAACAAAACAAAAUGUUUUUAAAAAUGUAAUGAAAUACGUCACACUUACAAAAAUGUGUAUAUAAUGCAGAUGUGCCUGGAGCUUGGCUGGGGAGAAUGUGGGCAACAUUCCACGGAUUCCUAAGUUGGCAGCAGAAACUGGCGCCAGGCACAGCUCAGUUGGUCAAAGGAGCCCAAGCUGAGGGCCCGCUUUUGGGUGACCUCACCCUCCUGAGACCCUUCAACGCAUCCUCUCAACUCAACGUUCCUUCCUUUCUUCACUCAGUCACCAAAUAUUCACCAAAAGCCUCCAUAGCGCCAGGCUUAUUUCUAGAUGAUGGGGAUAGAGCAGUCAACAAA